AUGAUUUCCUCUUCAGCCUCGACGCUUUCCACUUUUGCUUGGGGAAUGGUACUGGGAGUUUUAACUAUGUUCAUAUUUGAACACUAUAAUUACAUGCAGUUUAUGCACGAGUACAUCGAAACUGGGCACACCGCAAAAAUAGCUACUCAGAGAAACGUCAGCAAGUAUAAGACUAACGCGUAUUAUCGUCCUCCCGAACCAAAAAGAUUCAGCAUUCAACGAGAGGAGAGAGGUUAUUUGACCCCUGAAGUUAACAAGACACGAAUCUUAUGUUGGAUAAUGACAACUCCAGACAACAUACCUAAAAGAGCAAAAUCAGUCAAAGAUACGUGGGGAAAGCGCUGCGACACCCUUCUGUUUUUCAGCUCAAAAGAGGAUCUCAAUUUCCCCGCCAUUGGGCUUAAUGUUGAAGAGGGGCGUGAAAAGUUGUUUGACAAAACUAGAGCAUCACUGGAGUAUAUUUAUAACCACCAUCUCAACGAUGCUGAUUGGUUCUUUAAAGCGGACGAUGACACUUACGCCAUCAUUGAAAAUCUUCGUUCUUAUCUAUCCAAAUUGAAUACCUCGGAACCUCAUUACCUUGGCAGAAUUUUAACUCACGAGGGUGUGUACAACAGUGGCGCAGGAUACGUUUUUAGUCGUGAAACACUGCGAAGGUUUAAAAAAGCACUGGGUGAACCAAGCUGCCCACAACACCACCCUUUUGAGGACGUAGCAGUCGGACAAUGCCUCAGGGCACAGGGUGUCGUGCCCGUUAGAACCACAGAUUCCAGCGGCAAUGAAACUUUUAUGGCAUUUCCACUUGAGUGGCAUUUGAUCCCCAUUACGUUUCCAGGGUGGUACCCGAAAUUCUAUAAAGAGGGCGCUGAAAACUGCUCGGAAUACCCAUAUGUUUUUCAUGCAGUUAAACCAGAAAUAAUGUAUCAGAUGGAAUACUUAAUCUAUCGUGUGAAAGUCUGGCCCAAAAGGAGUAAAUCAAGUACUAGCAUGUAUGAAACUAGCCAUUCAAAACAAGCAAAGUAGGUGGACUACCCUCAUGAAAUUAGCCUGUGAUACUCAAUGUUUAAAUUAAAAUCGGCUCAGGAUUUCCUUCUGUGACAAUGGCGUGACAUGUUGUGCUAAGCUCGAGACAACAGGAAAUCCCAGAGCACAAUAUUAUCCAAAACUGUAACAAGGCUUCAAUAUUUAUGCAACCUUAGACAAUUUCAAGUUUUAAAUGGUCAUGAAAUUCGACGAAUUUUCGACGAAUUUUGAUUUUAUCGCGGUUUUCGUGAAAGUAGCCUUUAGUUACAAAUUGUAAAAAGACGUCAGCAUUGAGUUUUACGUACCCUAAUACGUUUACUUUCCUGUUUUUCAAGUCUACUUUCUCCUAGUGGUUGGGAGAUAGUUUAAUUAAGAAUGAGUGGGAAAACAUUUCUAGAAACAUACAUCAAUUAGCAAAUUUGCUUGUAUUAAGUCCAGUAUUCAGUUUACGCAUAAAAUAUAGCCUUCAUGUAGAAAUUCCACUCACAUAUUUUUGUGAAACUUGGCACAGCAGAAGGCAAGCAGCCAAAAUUUACAUAGCGUAGAGCAUUUCCAGAGAAAAUGGGAAUAUCGACUGCAAUUUGAUUAAGAGCAAUAACCAUUGUGACGUCAUCGUCACGUGAUAUUCAUUCCAAUCGCGAAAAAAUAACAUCAUAAUCAAGUUCAGUCUAUGAGUAAUUCAUGUGUUUUAAUGUUUUAAGACCAAGCUGUUGUCGGUACAAGAGGUCCAAAGAUGAAAAGUAUGCCUGCAAAAAUACUGGGUCGAGCCACCUUAAGGUGGCUCCGUCAUUAAAAUAGGCGCAUUGAGCUAUGACGAAGUUUUUGUCAUAACUUUUCUGUUUUUGACGCGAUGGCUCCGAAACUUUGUAAAGAGCAACAGAUAUCUCUCAGCAUUAAUAAGAAUUAUUUCGAUUUCAUUGCUAAUAAAUAUUCCUGGGAAAUUACCCUACUGUUUAAAAUCGCGUCUAUUAAAAAUGUUUGCGAAUAUUUUUGACUGAAAUUUCUAUUAUCGGCUUUUAUUGAUAUAAUAAAUAUGCCAGAGAAAUUUCACAGAAAUCUUUGGAGCAGAAGUCAGUUACUAAGAGUCUGUGAAAUUGUUUUGGAAUUCCAAAAAGCAAAUUGCUCUGAGCUACAACGAGCCACCAGUUCGAAUUUUCGGAACAAGUAAUCCCAGCAUGGGCGGAUCUAGGGGGAGGAUGCAGGGGGUGCGCACCCCCCCCUCCCCCCUGAGAUGACCUGCGGUUUUCUAAUACAACUAGUAUUCUGCAAAAAAAAAUUGUGGCUUAUUGGUGUUGAAGUAGAGCAAGACACGAGUGCACCCCCUCCUAAAAAAAAUCCUGGAUCCGCAGGACGUGUCUCUUUACGCUCUCUGUUACUGACGAAAGAUUUCAGAAUUUCUAUUGCCUGAUCCUGUCAAAUCCCUCAAGAAAAGCAACGGACACGAUGGUCGGUUGCUAGGGCUUUUGCUCCCGUUUGGUUCUUAAAUUCAAUUCCUGGCUUACAGAGGGGUAGUUUAUAUUUCAAAUGAAGCAAAACAUUAGAACAUCUUAAUUGGAGAAAAGUUUUCUUUAAAUUUUUACAAUUGUAAAGGUAUUUUUGACUUUUCUUGAAAGUAUGACGUCAUAAGUGACACCUAUUUUUAGUAACAACGUUAAAAAUUUGAUAAGCAGUUUUCAAAAUGCUACAAACAUUUUUGUUACAGAAAAACAAUAUUUACAGUGAAAACCCCAUCUCAAUCGGAUAAAAUGGCGUGAAGUUACAGGUAAUUAAAGAAAUUCAAAUUUCCCGCCUCAUGACCAUAUAUGGUCAAACUUUAGGAGUAUUUUAACGCGAAAACAAUGAAUGUAUUUCCAACGGAAAAAAGACAAAGCUGCAUAAAAUCAAAAUUGUAGUUUUUUGAAUUCGGCAUAUGUGAUGCUAUGACGCGUAUUUCGUCACAAAUUACGUCAUUAUGACGUCAAAAUGACGUAAUUCGUGACGAAAUACGCGUCAUAGACCACACAUCCUAAACUCAAAAAACUACAAUUUUGUUUUUAUGUAAAUUUGUCUUUACUCCGUUGCGACUACCUUCAUUGUUUUCGUGUUAAAAUACCCCUAAAGUUUGACCAUAUAUGGUCAUUUGGCGGGAUAUUUGAAUUUCUUUAAUUAAAUGUAACUUUUCGCCUUUUCAUCCGAUUGAGAUGGGGUUUUCACCAGAAAUCAUAGAAUUCUAUACAGAAAACUAAUGUAAAAUUUUUAGCAUUUCUUUCCUGAAUUUUCUUUCUGAUGCCAAAUUUGGACAUCAUUUAUGACGUCACAAUAGAAGUCACAUGGUAUGAAAUAAAACCAAUAAAUAGGUAAUUGAUCAACUUACUUCCUUGCCAAGUUUUGUUACAUUCGAUGCAUUCUACUUCUCUCUAUGGCCUUAAACUCUCAGUUUUGAGAGGUAUGGGAGCAAAAGCCCUAGCAACCGACCACCGUGGGAGUGCUGAAGAAGCAGCUUGAGGAACCAAAGAGAUAUUUGAAGAACCUGGAGCAAUGAGUUUCAGAGCAAGAAUAUAGUGUGAGAAAUGUCAGUGAUAGCAGUGCUUCGUCCGCCAUCUUGAAUCGAGAGGCCGAAGCGAGCCUUAAGUUCAGUGGCCAUGGGUAUGAUGUUCCCAUGGUCCAGUUAGAAAAAUAGAGGCAUCUCUUACAAACAUCGAAGAACGACUGCUUAAGCUAGAAUCUAUAGCUGAUGAGCUUCAGGAUUAUAGUUACUCGUUCAAAGUUAAACUGCUCGGCGUCCCAGAAUUUAACGACUCUGAGAACGCAGUAGAUACAGGGGCACCUAACGACAAUUUUCGGAAAAAUAUCUUUUCGGAAGACGAUUUGAGAUCUAGAAUUUUCGGAACAUUUGUUGUAAAAUUUCUUGCUUGCCUGCUUCUCCUAGGAUUUCGAACAUCUAAAAUAUGGUAUAAUUGCCUAUUUUUAACGGAUUUUUACCCUAAAAAGGUCACCUAGAAUUUUCUGGAGCCUUUUUUCUGGCUGAAAUUUUCGAAAAGGUAAGUUUUGAUCCCUAUAAUUUUCGGAUCACUAGACUUUCAGCUAGGAGAUCCGAACAGAUGAAAAAUUUUUAGGGGAUAAAAAUAUGCCUAUAUCUACCGUUUAAAUACCAAAAUACGUUUAGCAAUGCUAUGUUUUAGUGGUUUUGAACUAUAUUCUCAUUGGGUGCCCCUGUAGAUACAAGAGAGAAUGAUCUAUUCUCUCUUGGUAGAUACCAGCAGGCUGUGUUAGAUUAUUUAACGCUAUGGGUGUGUCGGUUUCUUUGACGAUGUCGACAUUGCAGACCGCGUCCCACCUCUAGAUUCAACUCGGGGAGGUCCCAAAUCAAUUGGCAAUGUAUGUAAGCUUACAAGGCGGAUGGCUAGAAAUGAAGUAAUUGUGGCGUGCAGGGAGACCAGUAAGUUCAGCGCGACCGCUAUCCGUUUAGACGAGAACAUAAGCAUGGCGAACGCAAGGGUGGUAGAUCAUCUCACUUCCAGGAUAAAAAAACUCCAUAUGGAUGCAUUUGCUUUCUAGAAUAAAUAUCACUAUGCGUUCUGUUGGGUGAAGAGUGGAUCUAUCCUUCAGCGCAAGUUUGCCGAUUCUUGUCCUAUCAGAGUUAGGAACGUCGAACAUCUCGCCAACCUAACGAGACAAGAGCAGAACAGCAGGUUGAACUCCUCAGCUGAGAUAAGUAGUCAGGAUUAAUACCUUUAUUUCUGAUCAUCUCUACAGUUUAUGUAUAUCUGUUUGAUCAUCUUUGCAAUGUCAUACAGAACUCCAGCAAUGUAAAACAAAAAUCUGCUUCGCGAACUGCCUUAUGCCCGUAGGCAAUUAAACAACCUCAUCCGGUUUAAUGAUCUCCCAACCAAAACGUAUCGAGAGCGUUUGCCUAGCCUUCAUGACAUUGAUCUCUUUAAAUCUUGAUGAAAAGACUAACUCUGACGCUGAUAGCUGCUGAUAUAGCUUUUGUCAAUUCAAAGAUAAGAUAAACAGUCAAUCAAAAACUCAGCAGUUUUCUUUAAUACAGCUCAAUAUACGUAGUCUCAGGCACAAUCUUGAAAACUUUCAAACUCAUUUAUUGAACGAGCUUGACUGAGGUUAACUGUCACUUCAAUGUUAUUAGCAUUAGAGAAACGAGAAUUAGAAAUGCUAAUAUUACUUCUAACCCUGCAAUACCUGGGUAUAAUUUUGAAUUUGUGUCGACACCCAUUUCAGCGGGAGGUGUUGGCAUAAAUAUAGACUCUAAUGUAACGUACACUGUGAUCGAAAAGAAUUCAAAUGAUGCAUUUCACUUUUAAAAAAAUUGAAAUUUAUUGCAUGUGUAAUUUUCCAUAGAAUAGGCCAGAAGAUACUGUUUGAUAAUAUGUUAAUUAUAAAACAAGCCUUUCUCGACUAUAAAAAGGUCAUUUUAGAAAUAUAUAAAAAUUGGCAUUUUCGCAAAUGGGUUAACCCACGAUGUUGGUCAAAAAUUUAAAAUUUCUUGGAUGUGUAUUUUUCUAUAGAACAUGCCUCUGUAUACUGUUUGAUAAGGUUUUAGAGAAAAAACAAGCCUUUCUAGAGUUAAAAAACGUCCUUCUCCAAAACUCGAAAAAUUUGCAUUUUCGCAAAGGGGUUACUUUUGGUCAAAAAUUUGAAAUUUAUUGCAUGUAUAAUUUUCCAAAGGAUAGGCCAGGAGAUAGUGUUUGAUAAUAUGUUAGGUAUAAACAAGCCUUUCUCGACUAUAAAAAUCUCAUUUUAAAAAACUGGAAAAAUUGGCUUUUUCGCAAAGGGGUUAACCCACGAUUUUAGUCAAAAAUUUAAAAUUUGUUGGAUGUGUGUUUUUCUAUAGAACAUGCCUCUAUAUACUGUUUGAUACGGUUUUAGAGAAAAAACAAGCUUUUGAAGAGUUAAAGAACGUCCUUCUCCAAAAGUCGAAAAAUUUGCAUUUUUGCCAAGGGGUUACUUUUGGAGAAAAAUUUGAAAUUUAUUGCAUGUGUAAUUUUCCAUAGAAUAGGCCAGUAGGUAUUGUUUGAUAAUAUGUUAGGUAUAAAACAAGGUUUUCUUGACUAUAAAAAGUUCAUUUUAAAAAACUGAAAAAAUUGGCAUUUUCGUAAAGGGUUAACCCACGAUUUUGGUCAAAAAUUUAAAAUUUGUUGGAUGUGUGUUUUUCUAUAGAACAUGCCUCUAUAUACUGUUUGAUAAGGUUUUAGAGAAAAAACAAGCCUUUUUAGAGUUAAAAAACGUCCUUCUUCAAAAGUCGAAAAAUUUGCAAUUUCGCAGAGGGGUUAUUUUUGGUCAAAAAUUUGANUUCUUGGAUGUGUAUUUUUCUAUAGAACAUGCCUCUGUAUACUGUUUGA